AUGAUGACCGAGAAGUCGGUUAUCCCACGGGUUAUUGCACAACUCGGGCAUACCUCUGAUGCGUUUUUUACCACCGACCAUCAGCUGAUCUAUUCUGCUAUCCUUGCCGUAUAUGAUCGCGUCAGCAAUGCUGAUCCACUUCUCGUUGCCGAUGAGUUGAAACGUACGAAUCAGAUCAAUCGAACGGGCGGUGCAGGCUAUCUAUAUGAACUCCAAGCACCCAUUGUGGAAACGGAGAGUACAGAGUUUUAUGCCGAUAUUCUGCAUGAAAAGGCGACGCGCCGCCAGUUAAUCCAAGCAGGUGCCGCAAUUCGCGAACUUGCGCAAGACGAGAGCGUAGAACUUGCUGAAGUGCUCAAUCAAUCCCAAGAAUCAGUUUUUGAACUUGGACAAAACGAUGCCCAGCGCGGAUUUCAGCCUAUUAACCCACUCGUCACAACGAGUAUCGAUGCAAUUGAAAAAUUAUUUCACAAGCAAGAGAGGUUCUUAGGUAUCCCCACUGGAUUUAUGGAUUUCGAUCACAUGACAUCCGGGCUGCAGCCUGGCAACUUUGUCAUUAUCGCUGCGCGUCCGAGUAUGGGAAAGACGACCUUAGUGCUGAAUAUGGCACAGAAUAUCGCAAUCGACCAAGAACGGCCGGUUGCGAUUUUUAGUUUAGAGAUGCCAGCGCAGGAUAUCGUCAUGCGGAUGCUAUCUGCUGAAUCUCGUAUUGAUUUUGGGCGACUCCGCACCGGUAAUUUUAGCGAAGAUUAUUGGCGACCUUUGACCGAAGCCGCGAGCCGAUUGUCUGAAGCCCCUAUCCUCAUUAAUGACAACCGAGGACUUACCGUUCAAAGUCUACGUGCCGAAGGACGAAGGCUUAAAGGUGAACACGGUGACCUUGCACUUAUUAUCGUCGAUUAUUUGCAACUGCUCAGAGGGACAGGCAGAUACAAUCAGCGUGAACAGGAGAUCUCCGAAAUAUCUAGGUCAUUGAAAGUCCUCGCAUGGGAACUCAAUGUACCAAUCGUUGCUUGUUCACAGUUGAGCCGUGAAGUGGAGCGCCGACCGGACAAACAACCGCAACUUUCAGAUUUACGCGAAUCCGGCGCAAUUGAACAAGAUGCAGAUAUCGUCGCUUUUUUAUACCGAGAAGAUUAUUACGAAGAGGAAGAUGCAGGUGAGCGUGUUGAAGCAAACCUGAUGAUUAAAAAACAGCGUAACGGACCGACCGGAACAGUCGUUCUUUAUUUUACUAAGAAGCAGAUGCGAUUUGAAAACCCAAGUUAA